AAGAACAACAGCAUAUGAUGUUACAACUGGAAGUGCAAAAACCAUUUUAAAAGUCACAGUCAUUGAAUGAAGUGCCCCUUCUCGGGUUUUGAGAUCUAACUGGGAAACCCUCUCUUCUGAUUGUCCGUAUUCUCUUCUCACUCAGAAUGGAUUCAAGGACCUGUUUUUCAGUGUCCAUGAUAAUUUUCCUUGCAGCAAUCGUUGUUGCUCAUUUUCAUUCAUCAGAAGCAGCUGUGUCCAAGGGAUCUUUCGAGGAUAAUUUCAGCAUAAUGUGGUCUGAGGACCAUUUUACUACCUCUAAAGAUGGACAGAUCUGGUAUCUCUCCCUAGACAAAGAUACAGGAUGUGGAUUUCAAACAAAACAGCGCUACAGAUUUGGGUGGUUCAGUAUGAAGCUGAAGCUGGUCGCAGGUGACUCUGCCGGUGUUGUGACAGCAUAUUAUAUGUGCUCAGAAAACGGUGCAGGGCCAGAAAGAGAUGAGCUUGAUUUUGAGUUUCUGGGAAACAGAACUGGGGAGCCUUAUUUGAUUCAGACAAACGUGUACAAGAAUGGGACUGGUGGGCGUGAGAUGAGGCAUAUGCUAUGGUUUGAUCCAACUGAGGACUACCACACCUAUUCCGUCCUCUGGAACAACCAUCAGAUAGUGUAAGUUCAAUCUUAUAAUGUUUCAAACGUAACUAAAAACCAAUAAUAUAUGGAUUUUUUUACUG